GGCAUGCUGGGAAGGCUACACCCAACAUGGCAGGAGACUUGAAAAGAGUCCUGAGCGCCUGGAUGGAGGAGUGGGUCGGAGUGCAGUCUGCCUGCUGGGAGCAACAGUGAGGAGCCCCACAGUGUCCCCUGGCUGAGGACUUCUCCUUCCCACCCCUGCAUUACCUCUGCCAAAUAGGCUUCAUGCAGCCAUAUUCACCUAUCAAUUCACCUUUCUCUGUUAUUUCUUACCUAUCUUGCUGUGAUUUCUCAUAUUGUUGCGUCCUUCUGCCUUAACAUAGCGCUCCUCUCCCCUUCUAUCAAGUAUUCUCUCCAUAUUUCUCCAUCUUUCUCUCCACGUGCUUCUCCUUUAUUUAAUUCGGCACCCUUUAUCUAAGGGUUCUCCUGCCCCUUAUAAGUCCACCUGUAGCUCCUGGGGCUGCAGGGAUGUCAUUGAAUCUCUCAACACGGGCGACAGCGAUACCACCCCCCAUCCUGUCCUUAUCAUCUGCCAGCCAGGAGCGCAGGAGGAGGAGACUGCACACGUGAGAGAUGGAAGAUGAUGGAAAGAAAGGCAGAAAGCAGCCUGGAAUUGUGUCACCGUUCAAAAGGGUUUUCCUGAAAGGCGAGAAGGGGCGCGACAAGAAGGCCCAGGAGAAGGUGACCGAGCGCCGGCCGCUUCACACAGUGUCCCUGUCGCAGAGCGAUCAUCGUGUCGAGCCUGAUGUGCUGCUAAAUGAUUACAUUGAGAAGGAAGUCAAGUAUCUGGGACAGCUGUCCUCCAUUCCGGGUUCCCUCAAUCCUUCCAGUCGGACAGAAAUCCUGCAGCUGCUGGACAGUGCUAAGAGGCUUCACCAACUCCCAGCCCAGCUCAGCCAGGAACAUGACGCAGUGAUCAGCCUGUCUGCGUACAACGUCAAGGUGGUUUGGAGAGAUGGAGAGGACAUAAUACUCAGGGUUCCCAUCCACGACAUUGCAGCCGUCUCGUACGUCCGGGAUGACUGCAUGCACUUGGUGCUUCUAAAAACAGCGCAGGACCCUGGGAUCUCACCAAGUCAGAGCCUAUCUGCUGAAAGUGGCAAAUUGUUGACAUCUGGUUCACUCUCGGAGUGUGGCACGGCGCCAGUGGAAGCUUGCUGCCUUGUUAUUUUGGCUACUGAGAACAAAGCUGCAGCAGAGGAACUCUGCCUCCUUCUGGGCCAGGUCUUCCAAAUUGUUUACACAGAAUCCACUAUCGACUUCCUGGACCGAGCGAUAUUCGAUGGAGCCUCCACGCCAACUAGACACAUGUCGCUACACAGUGGUGCGUUCACAAAUCCUGAUUCAGGGCUCGCGUCAGUGUACACUUGGUUUGAAACUGACAACCCUACCUCAAGCACAGAUGAUUCUUCUAACAAGGUAGACGUGAAGGAAGCGUACGACUUAGAUGCCAGUCCAUUUUGUUUCCAGGAUCCUGCAGACACCGAUGGCAGCUCCCCAUCUUCCCUGUCCAAUCUCCAUUCACCUCAUAACAAGACCCCCAGCGAGGGCGAACUAAGUGCCACAGCGGCAGAGCUUCUGCAAGACUACAUGAUGACUCUGAGGACCAAGCUGUCAUCCCAGGAAAUCCAGCAAUUCGCAAUGUUACUUCACGAAUACCGGAACGGGGCAUCAAUCCACGAGUUUUGCAUCAAUCUCCGGCAGCUCUAUGGUGACAGCAGAAAGUUCUUACUGCUUGGUCUCCGACCAUUCAUCCCAGAGAAAGACAGCCAACAUUUUGAGAACUUCCUGGAAACGAUUGGUGUGAAAGAUGGACGGGGCAUUAUCACAGAUAGUUUUGGGAGGUACAGACGAACAAUGAGCACUGCGUCGAACUCCACCACAAAUGGCAAUGGUGCUGCUGGGGGUUCCGAUGACCAGUCUGUACCCUCGGAAGGGGAUGAGUGGGACCGAAUGAUAUCUGACAUUAGUAAUGAUAUUGAAGCCCUUGGAUGCAGCAUGGACCAGGAUCCACCACAAGGACCUGGAAAUUACUCUUGACCGGAAGCAAACCAGUCAAGUCUCUUUCACCAGCAUUACGUGGAGGGCAAAAUGGUGACUUGUGUUCUGAUCAUACACAUUGGAAGAAGGACGGAGACACUCCAUGAUCUCCGCUGUUACAUUUGUGAACGAUGGAUUGGAGCCCACUUUUUAUGGCUCUCCGUCUCUUCAUUUUGGAAUUUUGAAGAUGAAACCUAAAGUGCAUUUGUUCUCCUAGCAGAACGUCCCUUAAAGUUGUCGUCCC